ACACACACACACACAAAACCCAUUUAAAAUUUAAAUACCAUUUCAACUGUCCACGUGAUCCUUCCUUUUAUCUGCUCCAUUAAACAGCUGCUCUCAGUAUGUUCCCCAGACAUUUGGACUCCAGAAGCAUCACCAGGCUGUGUGCAGGAUGACAGACCCGCUGCAUAAUUCACAGAGACUCUCUGUAAAGACAUGGGUGGAGGAAGAGAGUGACCGUGCUGACAGCACUCUUAGCAGAGGUCAGUCGAUUUGUGACGACACAUCUUCAGAAUUGCAAAGGAUGGCGGCCAUUGACCAGAAAGAAAUCAAUUCCCAAAAUUCCUUCCGAGGACGUGGGGCUCUUUCUAGGUUUGUCAGUAUGGUGAUGACCCUCAGAGAAUGGGCUCAGAAGAGUUUGGCUGAGGAGACGGAACGGCCAGAUUCCUUUUUGGAGCGCUUUAGGGGCCCAGCCAACAUGGACAUUCAGGCCCCACCCAGCAGGUUCAGCCACAGCCACACUGGAUUGGACACAGAGAACAAAAUCAGACGUUCCAGAUGCAUGAGGAGGCAGUGGACUGUUUUAUCUCCAUCUGAUAACAUCUACUAUCACUGGCUGAUAGUGAUUGGAGCGGCAGCAUUUUAUAACUGGACCAUUCUAGUGGUUAGAGCGUGUUUUGAUGAGUUGCAGACAAAAAACAUCUUGGUGUGGUUGGUGCUGGACUACGUCUGUGAUGGCAUCUAUAUAUUGGAUAUUGUUGUUCGUCUCCAUACUGGCUUCUUGGAUCAGGGCUUGUUGGUAAAAGAUGUGAAACGCCUGAGGGAAACCUACAUUGGAACAUUACAGUGUAAGCUCGAUAUCUGCUCUAUUCUCCCUACGGACCUCCUGUACCUCACAAUUGGGAUGAGUUUCACACCCCUCUUACGAUUCAACCGGCUGCUGCGGCUCUCCCGACUUUUAGAGCUUUUUGAACGAACUGAAACCCGGACAAGCUUCCCCAACGCUUUCCGAAUCUGGAAGCUGGUCCUGUACAUCCUCGUCAUCAUUCACUGGAAUGCCUGUGGGUACUACAGCUUCUCCAAAGCCCUGGGACUGGGCUCUGACUCGUGGGUUUAUCCCAAUGCAUCGGACCCAGAGUUUGGCUCCCUGAGCAGAAGCUACAUCUACUGUCUGUAUUGGUCAACACUAACCCUAACCACCAUUGGAGAGACACCUCCUCCUGAAAGAGAUGAGGAAUACUUGUUUUUGAUAUUUGAUUUUCUGGUUGGUGUUUUGAUUUUUGCCUCCAUUGUUGGUAAUGUUGGAUCCAUGAUCUCCAACAUGAAUGCAACAAGAGCAACCUUUCAAACCCGUGUAGAUGCACUCAAACACUACAUGCACUUCAGGCAUGUCAGCAAGGUGCUGGAGCAGCGGGUUAUUCGCUGGUUUGAUUACCUCUGGACAAAUAAGAAGACAAUAGAUGAACAGGAAGUGCUGAGGAACUUGCCCAAUAAGCUACGAGCAGAAAUUGCAAUAAAUGUUCAUCUGGACACAUUGAAAAUGGUGCAUAUUUUCCAGGACUGUGAGGCUGGCCUCCUGGUGGAGCUGGUGUUAAAACUUCGACCACAAGUUUUCAGUCCUGGUGACUACAUCUGUAGAAAGGGGGAUGUUGGUAAGGAUAUGUACAUAAUUAAAGAAGGCCACCUGGCAGUGGUGGGGGAUGAUGGACUCACCCAGUUGGCCGUUCUGACUGCAGGAAGCUGCUUUGGGGAAAUUAGCAUCCUGAACAUCAGUGGCAGCAAGAUGGGAAACCGACGUACAGCUAAUAUUCGAAGCCUAGGAUACUCCGACUUGUUCUGCCUGUCAAAACUGGACCUGAUGGAGGCACUUCAAGAGUUUCCCCAUGCCAGGGCCCAACUAGAGCAGAGGGGGAGGGACAUCCUGCAGAAGGAGGGGCUUCUGGAAGAAAUGAACAUAUCCGCAGGAGAAGAGCUUGGAGAGAAGAUGGAGAAGUUGGAAACUAGCCUAGAUCGGCUAAAGACGUGUUUAGCUCGUCUGCAAAGUGAGUUCAACUCAUCGCAGCUUCGACUGAAACAACGACUCACAGCCCUGGAACAAAAUGUCACCGUGAGAGUGACCGGCAGCGGGUUCCUGUCUGACGCCGAUGGCAGCAUUUCUGGCUGUGAUAAUGUACAAAGUGAAAUCAAUAUCAGACUCUAAAUAAUUGUUUUUAAUUACUGUCAGUGACUUUCAAAUAUGGUCUGUCUGAGUUUAUUGUUAUUAUCAACUUAUGUCUAUUGGUCAAAACUUCCAUCUUUCAGGACUAAAUUCUGUGUGUUCUACAGUUUGGGGGCAAUCUUGCUGCAGCUUUCUGGACUUUCUGUAAACAGUUGAGAGUGGGUACAUUCACACCAAUGAGAACCGAGUUAGCAUAGUCCAGUCCUCCUCACUGGCACCAAGUCAUCUCUAUCCAAGACCAGUUCAUUCUCACUCGGCUUCGACAACACCACACUUCUACCCACCGCCAAAGCUAAGAGCUUGGGUGUCAUCUUAGACAACACCUUAUCCUUCAUUCCUCAUAUUAACAACAUAAUAAAAACUGCUUAUUUUCAUCUUCGCAAUAUCAAUCGGCUCCGCCCCUCCCUCAGUCAGCACUCCACUGCUAUUUUGGUCCACAGCCUGGUCACCAGUCGCAUCAAUUACUGUAAUGCCUUCCUCUCCGGUCUCCCUCUAAAAUCACUCAACAAGCUACAGUUAGUCCAAAAUUCAGCUGCCCGGAUAAUCACUAAGACCUCCAUUUUUGAUCACAUCACCCCGUCCUUCAACAACUUCACUGGCUCCAUGUCAAAUACAGAAUGGACUAUAAGAUACUUCUUCAUGCCUUUAAAGCCAUCCAUAAUCUUGCUCCACCUUAUCUUUCUAAUCUCCUCCACACUGUCACUCCCACUCGCUCUCUCCGAUCAUCAUCUUCACCUUCCCUGUCUGUUCCUCGCACUUGUCUCAGUACUAUGGGAGCCAGAGCUUUCAGCCACUCAGCUCCAAAACUCUGGAACACUCUACCGCCUGACCUCCGCAAUAGAAACCUUCAAGUCUCAACUCAUAACUCACAUGUUCCGCCUGGCUUACUCACUGUAACUGUCCUCCUUCCAUCUACUCGUUUUAGUCUAUUAUCCAUCGCACUGCUCCGACUCUACCUUUGGGAAUUACUUUUAGCAUUUAUUUCUUGUUGUUUGUAUUGCUUGCUUGCCAUAUUUUGUCCUGUACAGUGACCUUGAGAGCUUUGAAAGGCGCUUGAAAUAAAAUGUAUUAUUAUUAUUAUUAUAAGUGAUGAAUGCGUGAAUAACAGAUUCUACAUGCGGUCUCUUAAGAAUGGGCUUUACUCAAGUUAGACAACGAAGCUGGACGCAACAAGAUCUUACAGUGGAAUGAAUUAGUGGGAAUUUAUACAUUUUUAUCAAUGUCAAUAUCAUUGUCGAUUCUGUCUGUCAUUCCAAUCCCUCAUCAAUUCCCAAGUAAUUCAGUAGAACAAAACAUUCUCCUGCAUUAAAACUGUCAGUUUAUUAUUGAUAAAUAAACAAUUAUAACUGGUAACGAUUUAAAAGAUCUUUCCAAAUGUUUUACUUUAUACUCCUUGUGAAGGCAGAGUCAUCUUCUUGUUUGGUGUAGAGUUUUGCAAAAUCAGCAAAAAUCUCACGACACGUCAAAAAUUUAAUCACUGGAGUCUGCUAGUGUGGAGGUGUGUAUAUAAGGCAAAUAGUGCUAAUAUGACAAGCAGUGUCAGCUGAUUAGUUACCCGUAGUGAAACAACAAAUUAAUUAUGACCAAUAAGAUGUGAUGAAUCCAUUCAAAUAUGAAAUAUCAACCUGAGUGAUCUUUGAAUGUUUAAUCAGAAGAUUCUAGGGCUCUUUGCUUCUUCAGGGACCAUAAACACACUUCGUAUUAAUUCAGACAGAGUCAGUAUAUAGUUUAUAAAAUGAAUUUCAUUCUUUUUCCUAAACUAAGUAUUAUACAUGACAAGAUAUGAAUAAUAAGAUGAUGUAAUGGAUAUGGAGUGAUUUAAUGUGAUGUGUGAAAUAUUGUAAUGCAAGCUAGAUGUUGUAGCAAAACCAUUCUUUGUAUCUGAGAAAGUUGUGAAGUCUGGGGUUUAAAAGAGUUUGUUUAUAACAAGAGAGUUGUUUAUUUAAAAACAAUCCGACGCAAUCUGUGCCAAGUCUAUGCACCCUUUGUGUGGAGAUUCUUGUUCGAUCCAGGGGAUCGAGAUGGUCACUGCCGGUGGAGUGAACCUCUGAUAUCAGGAACCCGUAGAUGGCUCCGAUAGGACUCGUUUAGUCUGAGAUCCCUCCAGGUGAAGGCAGGAAGCUGGAAUGCUUGUUUGCGUCUCAGGCUGCUUGUUUGGCUCUUAGAAGAGCCGUUUGUCUGAUAUCAGCUGCAGCGUUGCAGAGAGGCUUUGACUGGAGGUCAAAGGAGAUGGUUUCAAAAAUGCUCGUUUCUGAAUUGGCUGGUUCGAGAGUCAGCUAGAAACUGCAUUGAUCGGUAAGUAAUUCUUGUUUUAAUAAACUCAUUGCUUAUGAAUCCUUGUGCAUUCUGGCAAAUCAGAAUAUGCCAUGUCUUGAGGGCUUACCAAAACAUUCCUCAGAAGACACGCCUUCUUCAGAUACAAAGGUGUUUAACACUUAUGUGAAGUGAAUAUUAACCUUAAUGAGUAUCUUAUUGUAAUGUGUAUGAGUGUAGAUAAUGAUUAACUUGUUAAAUCAACACAUACUGAUCAUAAGAUCUGAAAUGGAUCAUUGUUUAUGUUUUUGUUUAUGUAUUUAGCAGACGCUUUUGUCCAAAGCGACUUACAAGUGAUGAUUGUCAUGUUGCCCUUGA